AUGUUCUUAGGUCCGACUGUACACACAGAUCCGCGUGUGCCAGACGGGGUUGGCAGCACCCUGCGGCGGCACCCCGCCGCGGCCGCCGCGAGGUGGGUCCCCUGGUUCUUCCUGCUGUCGGGCUUCAUCCUCUUCUCCGCGGAGGCGCGGAGGCCCAGGAGCGAGCCCAUGGGCGAGUACGUGGCCCGGAGGGCGGUCACCAUCUACCCGCUGUACGCGGUGGGCGUGCUGCUGGCCCUCCUCGUGGCCAAGUCCCGCUGCGAGGCGCCCUCGGUCCAGGCCCUCGUGCUCCAGGCCUGGCUGGGCCAGGCGUGGGUGCCCCACAUGACGGAGCACGUGGUGCAGAUGCAGUGCUGGUUCCUGUCGUGCCUGGUGCUCUACUGGGCGGCCUUCCAGCCGCUCUUCCGCCGUGUGUCAGGCCUCGGGCUGGCCCCCGCGCUGGGCGCCAUCCUGGCGACGCUUGCGCUCCCGUGGCUGGCGGUGGCGGUGCCGAUCCUCAUAGGUGCCGACCCGCUCUGGUUUAACGACCACUCCUUUGGGCACUCCGAGACGGCUCUGGACGUCGCGGUGGUCUUCCUGAAGUUCCACCCCCUCUGCUACCUGCACGUCUUCGUGUUGGGCAUGCUGCUGGGCCGCCUGCGGCUGCACCUCGAGCGCUUCAGCGGCCACCGGGCCGCCACGGGCCUCGUGGAGGUCAUGGCCCCCUUUGGCUACGCCGGGCUCGGGUGCAUCUUCUGCAGCCCCGCGCUGCGCGUGCCAGUCGCAACUCGCCGAGGGUUCAUGAACUUGGACCUGUACGCCAGGCGAGGGUAUGUUUCGCUGCGUUUAUUUUGUGGUAUGAAGAACGAGAGUGACAUUGCUGUGUAUUGGACUGGAGUAUUCUGCAACUUAUAA